AUGGAUUUGCGCAACAUCAUGAACAAUGAUGCCAGCGGUGCUGCGAAACCUCCCCCUCCACCUCCAUCACUCCAGCAGUCCCCUCUGCGACAAAACUCAGAACCGGUCACCACUCCGCGACCAAGCGAAUACGCAACGUCCGGUCCAUCGUAUCAAUCAAAUCAUUUCGCGCGCCCGCAACCUCCCUCGUUACAGCCAACUCAACACUCUCCCAGCGCAUCCUCAGCGUACAGUUCAACCCGCUCUCCGUUUCAAUACAACUCAAACUUACCUUCGAAUGGUGGACCUCCUUCUCACUACGCUCAGAGUCCUCCUCCACAAACAUACCAGUCUCGAGAAUCUAACCCGCUUACUCCGGCUAGCCCUGCGGUUUACACACAACCAUCGUUAGCUUCCCCAUAUACACCACAGACAAACUCGGCAACUCAACAACAGCAGAAACAGCAACAAUCUUAUUUCAAUCAAUACCCUGUGCCUCAACCAGCUCAUUCUACUCCCGGCCCUCAGUCUAAUUUCACUUACCCGCCUCACGCCAGCGAAAGUCCUCGUCCAGUAAAUGCUCAACGACCACUUCAACCUCAGCACAUAUCUCCUCCUCCACCACAACGUUCUCAGCCCAGCACACCGCUAGGUCCGCCUGCUGGUCCAUAUCAACGUCCCCCGUCUCAGUCUGCACGACCUCCAUCAGCGGGAGAAGGUACGCCAGCUCAAGCAGCAAAUACAUGGAGUCCUCACGAUUCACUUGCAGUUGAACAAAGAACGGGCUAUCCACAGAUAUAUCCAGCCGGUCCUGCACUACCCAGAGAAGUGAGACAGGCAGAAAGGCCUAGUCAAAGCCAAUACCCACCAGACUCUGACAGGGAAAGGAGUGUUAGCAUUAGUCCCAAAACCAUUGUCUCCCGACAGAGUCUAUCUCAGGACCGAGACCCUAUUGCACCUCAUCGCACCAGUAUAGAAGACGAUCGCUGGCGUCAGAGCCCUUCUGGCAGCCACUCUCACAGCAGCUCUGUUGCAGAACACAAGUMCCCACCACMCCCGCCUCAGCAGGACUUUCCUCAGCGCCCACAAACGAUGCAGAUGAGCAGCUCCCCAAUAGCACGAGACACACCCUCCCGCGAGCCUUCGGCCGUUCAUAGUCAAACCGUCAAAACAGAAAUAUCAGAACCGUCUGAGAUCUCAGGACGACCACCCAAACGGAAGAAGGUGCGAUAUACUGAGCCUCCGAUCUAUGCUCGAAGAGUGCCUAGAGCUGGAAAAGGCCCAAUCAUUUCCAGUCCGAGGCCAGUCAUUCCAAAACAUUCACCUGCGCGCUUCGCCGCCCCGUCGCGCGCGACAUCUGUGCAACGAUCUGUGGCGUCGCCGUCUAGGUCAAUUCAAACCCCUGCGCGACCACCUCCUGUCAACGGUACUACUCCUCUUAACAACCGCCCUGUUCCUCCGCCGCAGCCACAACCUACGUACGGACUGCUGGGACCUUGGGAGCCAUCAAUUUCUGGAAAGAUUCCAUACGAAGAGAUUACAAAGACUGUCUGUGAUUUCCUUUUUAAAGAAGUUGUCCUCAAGAAUGAUAUUGCUGCUGGUGCUGCUGGUGCUGCGGCAACAGGAUCGGCGGCAAUGCUGGAAAUUGAGGCCAAAUUAGGACGAAUAAUGGAUAAGGACCGACAAGGACGCCUACGUCUACCUGUUAUGAGUGAAUGCAUACUCCAAACGGAAGGCUCAGGAUACCGCACUGCGUUUGAGAGUUCUAUGAGUCUGGCACAACAUCAGGCCAUGAAUAAUUUCCUAAACGAAGCUGUGAAGGCUUCAAUGCCUCAAGCCGGGCUCAAUCGGAUUCCUCUUUCAUAUGCUCACAAAAGAGAACGCGAUACCUUUUACGAAGUACCGCCCCAUGAGCUACCUCCGCUCAUCCAAAACUACAUGAAUCCCCGACACAAGCCUAAAGUUCGAGUGACUACCGAUCAGAAAACUGGCGAGAUUUUGGCAAAGAUCAUUAAAUGCCGGUUGGCAGACUUAGAUGUUUAUAGUCCUCAGACGAACGUCGAUUGGCGAAUCUCUGUCAAUAUCGAAAUGAACUAUGAUCGCGACGUGCGCAAUUUCCCGAUUGCGGGCGGUGGUUCUCAAAGACCGGGUGGCGAGAGAAUCAAGGAUCGCAUGAGUUACCGCCAUUUAGCCUACCAGAUAGAUCUUACGCAGGUGGGGACAGCAGAUAGCGCCAUCAAGAAGGAUUUCGAGCACGAGCUUGAAGUCGAGAUCUCAGCGGCGGAGGUACGACGACAAGGGGAGCUUGCCAGGGAAGGGGACGCAAGAAAUCAGUACGAAGAGCUUAUCAAAGGCUUUGUCGAUAACGUCCGAUUCCUCGCUCGCGCUGUUCCGAAUGCAUGA